AUGAUUUUUAAGCCAGUUAAGAUAAAACCUUCCCUUUUAAAAACGUUGAAAAAGGAAGGAUUAAUAUCUAUAGAAGAAGCUGAUUCUAGUAGUAUUAAAAUUCUAAAUGAAGAUAACAUAAAAAAGGAUACAAAUGAAUAUAAAAUUAACUUUAACAAGAACUUAAAAAAAAAGAGAAAGAAAGAAGAUAAUACGAAAUAUAAUGAAAAGAAAGAAAAUGAGAAAUUAUUUUUAAAAAAAAAAAAGAAAAAUAGCAAAUGUGUAGAUAAAAUUACACCAAAAUUAAAAAAUAAGUCAAGUAUUAAAUUAAAAGAUAUAUCAGAUACAAAUGCAAAAAAAAAAAUAAAUAAGAAUGAAAUAAGCUAUAUAAAAAAGAAUAAGCAUAAUGAAGAUGAAAAAAAAAAUGUUAAAUCAAAAUGUUCUACAGUUAUAAACAAAAAAAUAAAAAAAAAGGAAAAAAGGAAAUUAAAAAAUUACAAAAAUAAUGGUAAUCUAAAAAAUAUUAAAGAAAAAAGUAUUAAAAUAAUAAAAAAAAAAGAAAUUUUUGAUAUAAAUACAAUAAUUGAAAAUGAAGAGAAAUUUAAGAAUAUUGAUGAUGUUAAAUAUAUAAUACAAUAUAGAAAAUGGACUUUAAAUGGUAAAAUUAAUGUUCUCUAUAGCAUUAUGAAAUCAUUGUAUGACAGUAAUUUUUUUAAACCUACCGAAAUUCAAUUUAAAACAUUAGAGCAUUCAAUAAAUUAUAAAAAAGAUGUAAUUGUUAUUUCAAAAACAGGAACAGGAAAGACAUUAACUUUUUGUUUAGCGAUAUUAAAUAAUAUAGUAAUAAAUAAACUAAAUGAAUAUAAGAAAAACAAAAAAUGUAAACAAAAAUUUAGGUGUUUAAUAUUAGUUCCAACAAGAGAAUUAGCAUUACAGAUUUUAAAUCAUUUUAGCUUUAUAAAUAAAUAUAUUAAUUUAUAUAUUACAACUAUAAUAGGAGGUUUAAAUGUUAAUAAGCAAAAAAGAAUUAUAUCAAAGAAACCUGAAGUAAUUAUAUGUACACCAGGAAGAUUAAGAUUUUUUUUAGAAUUAGAAGAAAAAAUUGAUUAUAUAUAUGAAAUGAAAAACAUAAGAUAUUUAGCUUGCGAUGAAGUAGAUAAAAUGAUUGAAAGUUCUUUUAUAAAUGAUAUAAAUUUUAUUGUAAAACGUUUAUAUAAAUGUGUAAAUGAUAAAAAAAAAUAUGUGCAAACAUUCCUACUAUCAGCUACAUUAGGAUUAACAGUUCAGUUGCAAAAUGAAAAUUUAUCGAAAUUAUUAAAUUCUAUUAUCAUAAGAAAAGAAAAAUCGUUUUUCAUUAAUUUAUCAGGUGAUCAUUUAAAUAAUGACAAUUUUAACAUAUUGCCUGAUGGACUUACUUUAAACAUAGUUAAAUGUGAAAAAAAAAUGGUUUUGAUAAAACUUUUCUAUUUAUUAAAGUUGUAUUUCUUUAAUGAAAUGGAUAAUGAAGAGGAAAUAAAGAAAAUUAUUAUUUUUGUUAAUACAAUUAAUAGUACAAAAGAGUUAAAAAUGAUAUUCAGAUUUUUAUUUUUUGAUCCAAGUUUAGAAUCAGCUAUACCAAAAAAAUUUAGAAGUAAUUUAUUUUUAAAAAGUAAAAUAAAUAUAUAUAGUAUACAUUCAAAACUAAAAUUAAAAGAAAGAAUUGCAAAUAUAACUAAAUUUUCAGAAUCUAAUAAUAAAUCUGUGCUAUUUUGUACGGAUGUAUUAAGUAGAGGAAUAGAUUUAGAUAAAUGUGAUUUAAUAGUUCAGUUAAAUUGUCCAAUUACUGAUAUUACAUUUGUUCAUAGAUCUGGACGAACAGCUAGAAAUUUUAAAAAAGGAAAAUGUAUUUGUUUUGUAUCUGACGAUGAAAUUUUAAAAUGGAAUUCUUCAUUGAAAAAAAUAGGUUUAAAUUUACAAAACCUAAAAGAGUUUGAAAUGAUAAAAAAUAUAAGGGAUAAUGAUUAUGACAACAUAAAUAAGGCAAUUGCUUGUUGUAACGAAAUGUUAGAAUUACAAAAAAAAUUAAAAGAAAAUAAAAAUAAAUCUUUUUUAAGUAAAUUAGCUGAGGAAGCAGAUUUAGUAGAUGAAGAAAGUAGUUCUGAUUCUGAGUAUCAUGAAUCAGAUAAAAAAAGUAAUGAAAAAGUUUUUAGGAAUUUACUUCAUUUAAAAAAACAGUUACAUAAAUUAUUAUAUAAAAAUUGA